GAGCCCCUAUCAUUCAGUCUCAGUAGUCAUACCAUUUCCAAUUCAACCCCACAUGUGCAAGGUGCACAUGUACUUAACGAUACAAUAUCUUAUAUCUAAUCUAUUACCGAAGAGUAAUCCAGGAGAACAUUAAACUAGAAAAGAUGGAUGAUAUAGACUCCAUGUUCACUGACCUGCUGGGAGAGAUGGACCUCCUAACACAGAGUCUUGGGUAUGAAAUGGAGCCCUCAGAAAUGUCAUCCAGCUCACAGAGAGAAAACAACUUCUCUAUUGGGUUCACAGAUUUGAACGCGGAUGAACGCCUUCGUUCUGUACAUUACCUUGGAAAAAGGAACUACACAAAGGGACUCAGCUCCACCUCAUCAUGCUUCGUCGUCCCUUAUCUCCAAGAAUCUCUAAAUGCGCUAGAGGAUCAUGACCUGGACGCUCUGAUGGCUGAUCUGGGGUCAGAUUUGUCAGAGACAGAGGAGAAACUGAACGCAACCAAGACGGGACAUGUCCACACACAGCAGCACAAGUCUGGCUAUUCCACCCAACAACAACAUGUCCAAGCACCUAUCUCCUUGUCCCAAAUGUCAUCGCUGGCAUCCUCCUCAUCCUCUCUACCUCCUGAACCCCCCAAACCACUUCCACCGGGAGAGGCCGAAGCACAAGCCAAAACGGACAAAAUCAAGCUGGCUCUGGAGAAGCUAAAAGAAGCCAAAGUUAAGAAGUUGGUAGUGAAGGUGAUGAUGAGUGAUGGCAGCUCCAAGACACUGAUGGUGGACGAGAGACAGACGGUCAGGGACGUGCUGGAUAAUCUGUUUGAGAAGACCCACUGUGACUUCAGCAUGGACUGGAGCCUGUGUGAGACCAACCCCGAGCUGCAGACGGAAAGGGGGUUUGAAGACCAUGAAUAUCUAGUGGAGCCUCUUUCUGCAUGGACACGAGACAGUAAAAACCAAAUCAUUUUCCUUCUGAGACCCAACAAAUAUCUCUUCUUCAAGGACCCCCAGAUAUUCUACCUAUGGAAGAAAGACCAAAAAUGUAUUAAUGAGAUAAAAGAAAGGCAUAAGGAACUUCUGCUAAAGGAAAACUUUGAUGGGCCUUCUCUCAUCGUCCCAGACCUGGAGGGGCUGCUGUAUCUGAGAGAGGACGGGAAGAAAUCGUGGAAACGUCGCUACUUCCUGCUCAGGGCAUCUGGGAUAUAUUAUGUGCCUAAAGGAAAGACAAAGACAUCCAGGGACCUGGCGUGCUUCAUUCAGCUUGACAAAGUCAAUAUCUACACCACCACUGAUUACAAACAGAAAUACAAAGCACCAUCUGAUUUCUGCUUCAUCCUCAAGCAUCCUCAGAUCCAGAAGGAGUCCCAAUACAUCAGAUUCCUGUGUUGUGAUGAUGAGCACACUCUCUCCCUCUGGGUCAACUCCAUCAGAGUAGCCAAGUAUGGGGCCACCCUGUACAAGAACUACCAGAUGGCAGUGAGGAGAGCAUCAACCAUCAGCUCCACUCUGCACCUGACUAGUCUGCCUGCCUCCAGCCCUUCCACACCUACUGUGCACAGAGCAAAUGGACACACCCCUCAGGAGGACCGCCCUGAACCUCCCCCGGACUUUAUUCCCCCGCCCCCUCCUGGUUGGGGCUCUGGGGUCUAGGGAAGGAGCUCCACCCCCUCAAUGCACAACCAUGACUACCAUAGGACAUUCUCAACCUACCUAAAGACAGGCAGAUGGACAAUAAUAUUUUCAAUCAGAUUUAGGUCAGAACUGAGACUACUAGACUAUUUAGGAACACUCAACACCUCUUAGAAAGCCAUUCUGGUGUAUCUUUAUCAUUAGAAUUUGUGCAAUUGUUCCGCAAAAAUAUAUAACUAUAGCUAUUCAGAAGACUAUGGUGGGUUUUCCUCUAACUUUUUAACUGUCCUUUGCUCUUUUCAUAUUUAUUUUUAUCCUAACAAACUCCCCAGCCCUUUCCAGCAACAAGCAUACCCAUAGCAUGAUUCUGCCACCACAAUACUAAUCUUAUUCAAAAUGAUUCACAUCUGUAAUGGCUGCCAACAGUGCUUCCAUAAAUCAAAUCAAACUUUAUUUGUCACAUGCGCUGAAUACAACAAGUGUAGACCUUACCGUGAAAUGCUUACUUUACAAGCCCUUAACCGACAGUACAGUUCAAGAAGAAGCACCUUAUCCUCAAGGUCACCUCAAGGUCGCCUAUCCUCUUCACGUUGUACACAAACCUUUGCAUCUGCUCUGCAAGCACCGCAACAACUACGUAGUUCAGUUCUCAGACAAAACCGCUGUCCUCGGACUCUUAAACAAAGGCUCUGACACCAACGGCUACAGGGCGGCAAUUGAAGGAUUCGUCAGAUGGUGUGAUGAACAUCACCGACAACUGAAUGUGAAAAAAACUGAGGAGAUGAUCCUUGACUCUAAGUCCUUUGGAGACUACAUCCCCAUGGUGGUACACGGACAGAACAUUAGGCAGGUAAACUCAUACAAGUACCUGGGGGUCCACAUUGACAGUGGGCUUUGCUGGCGCACCCAUGUGGAGAGCGUGUGCUCACGCAUCCAAUAGCGUUUGCACUUCCUGCGUUGACUUUAGGGUCUAUGGAGGCUGGUGACCAUAAUUUUAGGAGGAUGGGAGACCCACGGUAUAGGCGCGUAAACGCACGGAGACGACAAAAUGUGUUUCAAAAAUCGGCAAAGACUAAUUACUUUAACCUAAAGCAUUUCAUAAAGACAUUUAUAGUACAAUAUUAUGGGGAAUGAGAGGGCUGAGCGGGAUCACAUAAGUGAUUGAAUGAGGGUAUGAGGCAUGAGUUGAGGUGUUCAGAGGCUUGACCAGUGCAGGACAGGAUUUGACUGGGAAGACAAAAAACAAUAACACAACACACUACAUAGAUAGACAAAAGGGCUAAAAAUGAGUUUAGUCCAACCAAGGAGUAAAAUCAUAGAUGUCUAAUAAUGUGAUUGUGUACGUGAUUGACUCUAAUGAGUUGACAGGAAUUAGAGAAAAUGUAUAGGGGUACUCCUUGGUGAGGAAACAUUCAAUGUGCCAGUGGAUGAGUGGGCACGAGACGUGGCUUCAGUUCAUGUCAGGAGAAUGUUGACAAAGGUAGAGGAGUGGAGUACUCAUCUCCUCUUCAUCAGGGAACAGGAGGGGACUUAGCUGUAAAUACAAAUAACAGAUAUAUUCCAUUACAGCUGCGCCAUUGUAGGUUUGGACAACAAGUUUCUCUAUGAACUUAAACAUCUCAAACUACAUAAAGUCAACCACAGACUGCACAUUUUGCCCACAUGACUCAUCAAAGAAUCCCAAGAAACGUUCCUGAAUAAAGCCCUGAUCGUCCACAUACCUGACGCUAACGGACUACUGCAAGCAGACUGGUGCCACCAUAGGUCCCAGAGCUGUGGGGCAAUUUUUACCCCCUGGGGCCUGGAGUUUUCCUUAUAUGUUAACCUAACUAGGAAUACUCUGGACCCUAUAAGGUUAUGACAGUGAUUAAUCAGUUGUAAAACGGUUUUAUAUGGGCUAUGACGGGACCAGUUUUUCACAAUCAGGUCACAUUUUUUUUUUUUUUUUACUCCUGACUACAAAUUGCAGCUAUCUUAUAUUUGUUCAUAUAAAUUAUAUUCAGACUAGAUUGGGAGGGGGAUUUCCUCUACCCAGACAUAGACAACAAUUGAUACGACAAUACAACUCACAGGGCUGAGCUUGCUUUAGGCAUGUUUGCAUCAUGCAGGUCUAUGCAACUGUAGGCCUUACAAAACAUUUACUCACAUCCGUCAUCACUAUUAUGUUGAUUCGUUAAUUCCAGUUAAUCAUUAUGGAUUAAACACGUAUAGGCAGCCUAGCCAGCCCAAUUAUAAAUAUACACUCAAUUUCAUCCCAUUCACAUUUUCUCCUGACACACAAAUGGACUAUAAAUAGAUAACGUUACCAUUAAUUUAUCCUGACCAGAUGGACAGGGCGCAUGGGCUGUAUGCAGCUGCUCUUAUUAGUAGCCUACAGUUGAUCAGACUGAAAAAUAGUCUCGUUUUUAUCCCAUACAGCGUGUCAGAUUUCGAAUGUUUAGGUGUAGCCUAGGCUGCUGCAACCUUUAUAUCGUGAGUUGUUUCUUGUGUCUGUCCGGAGUGAUUAUGUGUUAUCAUCUUUGCUAAAUGUAUAUUGGAUGCAAGUGGAAAGCCUACUUGAGCGCACGCGAAAAAAUGCGCUGCGUCAAAAACUCUCUCUUUUAUUUUUAAUGGAUGAUGAGAUGGAAGCAUUGGGAAUUUGGAAUUGUUUUCGAUAUGCCAGAAAAGACAGUCGAAAGUUCGAUAUGUUCAGCAAGUGAAGCAUCGUAACGUGCAAUUACCUCUGCAAGCUCCUUGUAGUUCCCCUGUCGGUGGAACUUUCCAUCUCAAAAUCUUGCAAGGCCAGCAAUAGAGGCGGCUUGAUGAAAGGCUCCCUGUUUACCAGCUAUACUGUUGAUACCAGAUUCCAUUGAACACCCUCACCUUUUCACCCUUCUUCGUGAAACUGAUCUCAGGCAAAGGUCGACUCUCGCUUUUAAUUCGCAGCUUUUCCGUGUACCUCAGAGAAUGGAAGGGGUCAACAAAAAGUCCACAACAUUUUCGGCAGCGUUGGCCAUUCUAACGUUACCAUUAUGGCACAGAAAACAGCACACUCGCUCUGGUAGCUGGCUAUAGCUAAGGUUAGCUAAAUUACUGAAGUUAACAAGGCAAAUGUAAAUAAAUUGCACAAACUGGACGCAAAAAUAAAGUUAAGAAAACAAUUGAUAAUAUUUCACCUAUGUCUCCUGUAAUUUGAAAAAACUAAUUUUAAUUGAAUAAUUUCCAAAAAAUGCUCAACAAUCACUUUUCACUCUUAAUCUCUAUCCAACAAUGUCCCCAAGCUUCUCAACACAUAGAACCCCCAUAAUGUUCUGUGGCACAAUCCCAAUACAAAUCAUGGGUUCGUUCUUUGAUCCUAAUUCUAUGACUGGAUGGACAACAUGUCAGUUCAUACCUCAAAAGCUUUGAUUGGAUGGAGGACGUCCUCCAGAAGUAGUCAGAAUUACAAUGUAUGUCUAUGGAAGGGGGUGAGGCCUACGAGGAUCCUAGGUUUUGUAUUGAAGUCAAUGUUGCCAGAGGAGGAACAUCCAGGAGGAUGGACUUUGCUAUAAAAUUCUGUGGCUCAAAUCCACUCGUUGGGCUCUCAACGAAUCACCUACGGGGGGCUCUUUGACAAGCUCCAUUAUUUCAUUAAUUAAAUAUGAAUAAAAUUAAGAAAUUUUAAAAUCUCUCCAUUUGAUUACAAUAAUUCCACGACAGUAGGCUUAUCCUGGUGUGCCGUUUUGAUAUCUGUGUAACUAUUUCUAGGACAAGGUGACUUAUACCAAUAUAUUUGCCUGCACUUACCCCCAAAAUGAAAUGCUAAUAAGCUGAAAAUGUGACUAUCGUAAACAACUACAAACACCAUGAUGAUCUGGACAAAACUGCCAAAUCAAGGCAAAGAUAAGAAUACAUUUAGUAAUGAAUAAAUUGGCAAAAGUUAUUUAUAUGGACAAUUCUGUGAACUGUCUUGUGCACGUUUUAAAUUGACACAAUACC